AAGCAUUACCCGAUCCCGCGGUAUAAAAGGAUCUCCUUGGGGCGCCGCAGCUCAGAAAACCCUAAUUCUUUGGUGGCGUCUUCAUCGAUCUCCCCAUCCGAGCAUGGCUGCGAUCGGAGAGCUUGCCUGCACCUACGCCGCGCUCAUCCUCCACGAAGAUGGCAUCCCAAUCACGGCGGAGAAGAUCGCGACCAUUGUGAAGGCGUCGAACUUGAAGAUCGAUUCGUACUGGCCCGCGCUCUUCGCCAAGCUCCUUCAGAAGAGGAACAUCGACGAUCUCAUCUUGAGCGUCGGAUCUGGCGGAGGCGGCGCUGCAGUUGCCGUUUCCGCUGCUCCGGCCGGCGGUGCUGGUGCCGCCGCUGCUCCUGCUGCCGCCCCUGCGGCCGAGGAGAAGAAGGAGGAGCCCAAGGAAGAGAGCGACGACGAUAUGGGCUUCAGCUUGUUUGAUUAGGGAGAGGAGGAGAAGAAGAGAGAAUUGUAGCUCUAAGAUUUUUUCCUUUCUUUUUUCUAUUAUCAGUCUUACGUAAGGUAAGAUACUGGUGCGCUUUUUUCCUUCUGUGUCCCUUAUCUUAGAUAUCAAACGGUUGUAUGGUAUGGUUUUUCUCGUUGAGAUUUUGAUACCCUUAUCAAAUCAUCAUCAUCAUAUGCUUUAUUUUGCAGUUUUGAAGUGACAAUCUGUUGAGCUUUAAGCUA